AAUGAAAAAUAAAAAAUAAAUAUCAAUGUCUGAAAAACAGGCAUCUAUAAAACGCCAUUCAUCCGUGAGAAUCUCCGCCAAAAUCCAAUGGCCUCUCCAACACCCCCACACUGCUCUCUCACUCCCUCCAAACCCUAUCACCAAAACCACCAUUACCCACAAAACCACCCUCAAAACCAUCUCCAAAACCACCCUCAAAACUACCCUUGGCCCUCCCAAUCCUUCUCCCUUCGCCCCUCUUCCCGAAAUGCCCCUAAACCCCCCCAAAACCCUCCUCUCUCCCUUUCCCCAAUUUGCCCCUCCCUUUCUCCCAAAUCCCAACUUAGUCCUGAUUUCCGCGGCCGCCGCUCCACCCGCUUCGUCUCCAAAACCCACUCCUCACGCCUGAAAUCCACUCUCGCCGGGUCUCGCCACAGCUCCGCCGCUGAGGAAGCCCUCCUCCAGGCCACCCGAUUUGGGGCCGAUGAUGGUACUGUCGAUGACGUCCUCGCCGCCUUCCAGUCCAAGCUCGCAGGCCCUGACGACUACGCCUUCCUGCUUCGUGAGCUCGGCAACCUUGGGGAGUGCUCCAAGGCCGUCCGCUGCUUCGAGUUCGCUGUCCGCCGCGAGCGGCGCCGCACCGAGCAGGGCAAGCUGGUCAGUGCUAUGAUUAGCAUUCUGGGGCGGAUGGGCCGUGUUGACCUCGCCAAGCAGGUCUUUGAUGCUUCAAUCACCGGAGGGUAUGGAAAUACUGUUUACGCCUUCUCUGCUUUGAUUAGUGCCUAUGGGCGGAAUGGGUUCUCUGAGGAGGCCAUUAGGGUUUUUGGGUCAAUGAAAGAUUCGUGCUUGAAGCCGAAUUUGGUCACAUACAAUGCCGUGAUCGAUGCGUGUGGGAAAGGGGGUGUGGAUUUCAAUAGGGUGCUGGGCAUUUUUGAUGAGAUGGCCCGGAACGGGGUCCACCCGGAUCGGAUUACAUUCAAUUCACUUCUCGCCGUGUGUAGCCGUGGUGGAUUUUGGGAGGAAGCAAAGGACAUGUUCAAUGAGAUGGUUUAUCGGGGGAUAGAUCGUGAUAUCUUCACCUAUAACACGCUCUUGGAUGCUGUCUCUAAAGGUGGGCAGAUGGAUUUGGCGAGCGAGGUAAUGGCGGAGAUGUCGGAUAAGAAUGUGAUGCCGAAUGUGGUAACUUACAGUACAAUGAUCGAUGGAUAUGCGAAGGCAGGACGGUUGGAUGAGGCGCUGAAUUUGUUCAAGGAAAUGAAGUUUGUGGGGAUUGGAUUGGAUAGAGUUUCAUACAAUACGCUGCUUUCAAUUUAUGCGAAGCUCGGGCGGUUCGAAGAAGCUUUGAGCGUCUGUGAGGAGAUGGAGCGGUCAGGUAUUAAGAAGGAUGUUGUUACCUAUAAUGCUCUUUUGGGCGGGUAUGGGAAGCAAGGGAAGUACGAUGCAGUUAAGUACCUGUUUGGAGAGAUGAAGGCAGAAUGUGUUUCACCGAAUGUGUUGACUUAUUCGACGUUAAUUGAUACAUAUUCGAAAGGGGGGAUGUACAGAGAGGCGUUGGAGAUAUUUAGGGAGUUUAAGCAGGCAGGAUUGAAGGCAGAUGUCGUUUUGUACAGUGCAUUGAUUGACGCAUUGUGUAAGAACGGGCUGGUGGAGUCAGCUGUAUCGUUGCUUGAUGAGAUGACAAGGGAAGGGAUCCGGCCGAAUGUUGUUACUUACAAUUCGAUCAUUGAUGCGUUUGGUCGGUCAAAGGCUGCCCAAAUACAAGAAGCUGUGAGUGAGACUACUGAGGUUCACAAAUCUCCAAAUGGUGAUGUUGGGAAGAUUGAGGUGGGGGGUGAUGGGGAUAAUCAGGUUAUGAGGAUUUUUGGGCAGCUAGCUGAUGAGGAGCGGCCAGUGAUGGAAGAUAUGAGCAAGUCUCAGGAGAUCUUGUGCAUUUUGGGAGUGUUUCAUAAGAUGCACGAGUUGAAAAUAAAACCUAAUGUAGUUACCUUCUCUGCCAUUUUGAAUGCUUGCAGCCGUUGCAAUUCAUUUGAAGAUGCUUCUAUGUUAUUGGAGGAGCUUCGGUUGUUUGAUAAUCAAGUAUAUGGUGUUGCUCAUGGACUUCUAAUGGGCUGCAGAGAGAAAGUAUGGGUUCAAGCACAAUCCCUUUUUGAUGAAGUGAAGCGCAUGGAUUCUUCGACAGCAUCUGCCUUCUAUAAUGCUCUGACUGACAUGCUAUGGCACUUCGGUCAGAGACAAGGGGCACAGUUGGUUGUGCUCGAAGGGAAACGUAGGCAUGUCUGGGAGAAUGCAUGGUGUGAUUCUUGCUUGGAUUUGCAUCUUAUGUCUUCCGGUGCUGCUCAAGCAAUGGUUCAUGCGUGGCUGCUUAAUAUACGCUCCGUUGUUUUCGAAGGCCAUGAGUUGCCGAAGUUAAUAAGCAUUUUGACAGGGUGGGGAAAACACAGCAAGGUUGUUGGCGAUAGCACCCUUCGGCGUGCAAUCGAAGCACUUCUUGACGGAAUGGGCGCCCCUUUCCAUGUUGCCAAGUUCAAUGUGGGGCGGUUUACAUCGACAGGCCCUGUGGUCGCUGCCUGGUUGAGGGAAUCUGGUACACUGAAGGUCCUCAUUCUUCAUGACGACAGAGCAAAUACUGAAAACCGGUUGGAUAAAAUACCUGACUUGCAAAUACUUCCAUUGUAGAUGUCUAGUGUAUUGCUUUUCUGCAUGUUUUUCACAUUGUUUUCGUUUGUUCUCUUUUCUUUUUUUCUUUCUUUUUUGUUUUUGUUUCUUGGGUUCGCGAGAAAAAGGGUAUUGACAUGUUCUAAGAUCCUAGUUCUCCUUGUAACAAAGGGAAAAUUCCCUUUUGUAGCAUACGAAUUUCUCCCGGCUUUAAUUUCUGAGCAGAACAUCACAUGGUCAGUAAAUUAUCAUUCUGGGCUUCGAAUUC